AUGUAUGACAUCGCGCUAUUGAAAUUGAAUAGUCAUAUAGGGAUUACCAGAUCAUUGAAUGGCAGAUAUUAUACGGUUAACAGUAUUUGUUUACCCGACAGUCAUAGUGUUAAUACCGAUAAAGAGUUGGCACUGUUUGCUGGUUUUGGUUACAUUGAUGAGGGAGUCAGUAAUCCGGGACAGUUGAGGACGGGUUGGUUGAAAUUAUUGAAAACAUUGAAUAAUAAUAGACAUGAUUUAUGGGGUAAUCAAAUACAAGCACUCAGAUAUCCAAUCGGUAAAGGAUUGGCUGUUUGUAGAGGCGAUUCUGGCGGACCAUUGAUUCAAUAUGUUUCGGGUGGUAGUAGUGAUGUUGUCAUCGAUCGGGCCGUACUUAUCGGUGUAGCCAAAGGUUUUUUGGGUCAACCACUUGCUGGCGGUUGUCUCAGUGCUGAUCCAAAUACUUAUAUGACUUUUAUAAGAGUGUCCAAAAAGAUUGAUUGGAUUAUUCAAACUGUUUUAAAUAAUUAA